AUGGUGGAAGGAGGAACUAGUGGGGGAGUAGCAGUGAGGAAUCACUACACUGUGGCUGUUCCCAAGCUGGAAUUUCCCCAAUUUAAUGGGAGCAACCCCAGGGAGUGGGUGAGGAAGUGCGAAAAAUUCUUCCACCUUUGCAGGAUCUCUGAAGAGAGCCGGGAGGAACUUUGUAGAAGAUUUAGAGAACUGGGAGAGGAUGAUGCCAUUAAGGAAUUCAACAAGCUGCAACAGACCUCGUCUGUAUUAGCUUACCAGGAGAGAUUUGAGGAACUUAGAGCAUUGGUGAUGGCUAAGGUUCCCAAUCUGUCAGAAUCCUAUUACGUUUCCUGCUUCUUGAGUGGAUUAAAGAAUGAAAUCAAGUCUGCUGUGAAAAUGCACAAACCAGACUCUCUUCAAUUGAUUUUUGAGAAAGCUAGGUGGCAGGAGCACCUCUUGGAAGCAUUCUUCAAAAAUAAUAGAGUGGCUUAUAGGAAUCCGCUGCCAUCUAGUUUCAGUGGGGGACACGCUGGCGUCAAUGGAAAUAGGAGGAUACAACUAAACAAUAGUGAAGAAACCAAGAAAAAGAGUGACUCGCAGCCUGUCUUUAAGAAAAUCUCACCCUCUGAGUUUCAGUACAGGAAGGACCACCAUUUGUGCUUUAGAUGUGGGGAUAAGUUCUCCCCUGGACAUACUUGUAAGAACAAGGAGCUUCACAUGUUGCUGAUAGAUGAGGAUGAAUCGGAUAAGGGAAAAGAGGAGGAGGUCAUUGAGUACAGGGGUACUAAUGCAGAUCAAGCAGUAGUGUUGGCUCUGCAUUCUGUCUCAGGUGAGUUGUCUUCUAGCACCAUCAAAAUGCAAGGACUGUAUGGUAAUCAUCAGCUAUCAGUUUUAGUGGAUGGUGGGAGUACUAAUUGUUUUAUCAGACCUGCAGUUGCACUGUUAUAUCCUGAGAAAAUCAGGAAACAUAGACCUUUCAAAGUCAAAAUUGCAGAUGGUAAAGUUUUGCAUUGUGAUCAGUGGGUGCCUCAGAUAACGUGGGAGAUCCAGGGCCAUCAAUUUGAGCAUAAUGUAUUUGUUUUGGAUCUUGAACCUUACGACAUGAUAAUUGGAGUUGAUUGGAUGAAGAAGUAUAGUCCCCUGACAUUCGAUUUUAAAGCAUUACAGAUAACUUUUGACAAAGAGUGGGAACAAGUCCUAUUGAAGGGGAACUCUGAGACGGCACAGGUGAAACUCAGGAAAGGAGAAGCUGCUGGCAAAGUCAUCCGGCACAGGGUCGGAAAAGCUCUGCAACAAUCUUGCAUGGUGAAGGUUCACAACUGUCAGGUGACUAGUGUACCUAACUCUCUUACUGAAUUACUGGCUGAAUAUGAGGACAUUUUUUCUUAUCCAAAAACCUUGCCCCCAUCCAGAACUCAUGACCAUAAAAUACCACUUAAAGCAGAUGCUAGACCCUUCAAAAUUGCACCCUAUAGGUACCCCUAUUCCCAAAAGACAGAGAUAGAAAGACAAGUCAAGGAAAUGUUAACCUCUGGUAUCAUUCAGAGAAGUCAUAGCCCAUUUGCCUCUCCAGCUCUCUUGGUGAAAAACAAGAUGGCAGUUGGAGACUUUACAUUGAUUACAGACAAUUGA